AUGGCUUUUCUGCUGUCUGCUUGCAGUGUUGAUGGUGGUGGUGCUGGUCAUCAAUGUUACUCAGGUAGAGAUCUCUACACUGGAGAGCCCUGGUUCUGCUUCAAACCAAAGAAGCUCCCUUGCAGCAGCAGAAUUAACCAUUUCAAAGGUGGAUACCUGAAGGGUCUUCUGACUGCUUCAGAGAGUGCUUUCUUCCAGAGUGGUGUCAAUAUCAAAAUGCCAAGAAACUCCAAUGGGCCUGAUUGGGUAACUGUGAUUCCCAGGAGGAUAAAAGAAACUAACAACCUAGAACUAUCUCAAGGCUCAGGAACUUUUCCUUCUGAAGACCAGUGGAGGCCCAGAAAGUUUACGAUGCGUCAGUUUAAUGACCCUGACAACAUUACAGAGUGCUUACAAAGAAAAGUGGUGCAUUUAUUUGGUGAUUCAACAGUUAGACAAUGGUUCGAAUACCUUACUACAUUUGUUCCAGAUUUAGUGGAGUUUAACUUGGGUAGUCCCAAGAAUGUGGGUCCCUUCCUUGCAGUGGACCAGAAGCACAACAUCCUGCUCAAAUACCGCUGCCAUGGUCCACCCAUCCGCUUUACGACCGUCUUUAGCAGUGAGCUUCAUUAUGUGGCAAAUGAGCUGAAUGGUAUUGUGGGAGGGAAGAACACUGUGGUUGCCAUAGCUGUAUGGUCUCACUUCAGCAUCUUCCCCCUGGAAGUGUACAUCCGGUGGCUCAGGAAUAUCCGUCGAGCAGUGGUCCAGCUCCUGGAUAGAAGUCCUAAGACUGUGGUGGUCAUCUGGACAGCCAGUGCCCAAGAGCUGGGGCCUGAGGUGAGCCUUUUCAACAGCAACUGGUACAACUUUCAGCUGGACACCAUUCUUUGGAGGAUGUUUUCAGGGGUUGGAGUAUAUCUCGUCGAUGCCUGGGAGAUGACCCUGGCCCAUUAUCUACCCCACAAGCUGCAUCCAGAUGAAGUUAUUGUGAAGAACCAGCUGGACAUGUUCUUGUCCUUUGUGUGCCCCUUGGAGACCUAGCCUGUCCUGGAGGGGACUGGAGGAAUCAUAUUCAGUUACUUUCCCAGUUGGCCUGUGUUACAGAAAGUGGCCCCAUUGAGAGAUGACUGCCAUUAAUAUGCACAAAAUUUCAAAAAGAGCUGAACCUUACAUAAUGACUUGUAAAGAGUUUAGAAAAUACAGGUUACAUUUAUAUCUACCUAUAGGAUUUUUUUCCAAUCUUGACUUAACCAUGAUAGAACCUUUAUUAACAGCAUCUACACACUGUAUUGCUCUUGUAACCAAAGAUGCUAAUGAGUGUAUUUGAAUUAGCUUCUCUUGGGAAGGGAGAUUACUGUGCUAAAGAGUGUGAAAAAUGUUUGGACAUAAAUAGAAAGGACACGUUUGGUUGGCAGUGGAGUGUUUGUAAUUUAUCUGGUAAAGGAAAUUGAGUGCAUCUGCAUGAAUAGCACAAGUGAUCCAUCUUCAGGGGGUGAACUAGAGAAGGCUUGUAGUCAGAGGUUCUUGGAACACACUGAUGACUGCCAUGUCUCAGGAGUUUCUCUUGAUGAUCUACCUUUUCUAAUUACUUGAAAAUUGCAAUGUCCUUGGUCAGAAUUUUACAAUUUCCUGAUUUUAUCUAGAAAAGAAACAAAAGGGAAAUAUGAAACAAGCAUAUAUAAAAUAUGUGCUUUGAAUUUAUAUUUGCAUUUGGUGAUUGUUUCCUAUUUGAUUCAGCUAAAUUUUAUGUGUGGACUACUUAUUCUAGAAUAACCAAUUUUGGAACUGAAAGGGGGAAAUGUAUAAAUGGAAAUUUAUUUUUAUGUUCUGAAGUUUGAGGGUUUUAAGAAUUGACUUUCAUGUAAAGAAUGCUAUUGAUUAUUAUAAAGUUGUGGAAAUUUUUUCCACUAA